AUGGCGGUUUCCGAUAGUCCCAGCGGUGGCUCCACGCCGCCUCAACAGGAACAAGCCAACAAGUACGGUUUCACCAAGCCUCUCUCCCUUGCGGGUCCCACCGACGCUGAUCUCCAACGUAACAACGAAUUAGAGAAGUUCUUGCUCGAAUCGGGGCUCUACGAGAGCAAUGAUGAAUCCGCGGCGAGGAAAGAGGUUCUCCACCGCCUCGAUCAGAUUGUGAAAAGCUGGGUGAAGCAGUUGACGCGCCAACGUGGCUACACAGAUCAGAUGGUUGAGGAUGCAAACGCUGUCAUUUUCACUUUUGGUUCUUACCGGCUAGGGGUUCAUGGACCUGGAGUUGAUAUUGACACUUUGUGCAUUGGUCCUUCUUAUGUGAAUCGAGAGGAAGAUUUCUUCAUCAUUUUGCAUAACAUUUUAGCUGAAAUGGAAGAAGUUUCCGAACUUCAACCAGUUCCUGAUGCACAUGUUCCAGUAAUGAAAUUCAAAUUCCAGGGAAUAUCUAUAGAUUUGCUGUAUGCCAGUAUAUCAAUUUUGGUUGUGCCAGAAGACCUAGAUAUCUCACAUGGUUCAGUGCUGUAUGAUGUUGAUGAACCAACUGUUCGAAGUCUUAAUGGCUGCCGGGUGGCAGAUCAAAUUCUUAAACUUGUUCCAAAUAUUGAGCACUUCCGAACUACACUGAGAUGCUUAAAGUUUUGGGCUAAAAGACGUGGUGUUUAUUCAAAUGUUACUGGAUUCCUUGGUGGUGUAAAUUGGGCUAUUUUAGUUGCUCGAAUAUGCCAGCUUUACCCUAAUGCAAUCCCUAGUAUGUUGGUUUCUCGAUUCUUCAGGGUCUAUACGCAGUGGCGGUGGCCAAACCCUGUAAUGCUAUGCUCUAUAGAAGAGAAUGAACUUGGGUUCCCUAUAUGGGAUCCUCGUAGAAAUCCACGAGAUAGAUUUCACACUAUGCCAAUAAUUACUCCUGCAUACCCUUGCAUGAAUUCAAGCUACAAUGUCUCAGCAAGCACCCUACGUGUUAUGAUGGAACAGUUUCGCUAUGGCAAUAAGAUUUGUGAUGAAAUUGACCUUAAUAAAGCCCAGUGGAGCGCACUUUUUCAGCCUUACAUGUUUUUUGAAGCAUACAAAAACUAUUUACAAGUGGACAUAAUUGCAUCAGACACUGAUGAUUUACUAGCGUGGAAGGGCUGGGUAGAAUCUCGGUUGAGGCUGCUUACCCUGAAGAUAGAACGAGAUACAAAUGGGAUGCUGCAGUGCCAUCCUUACCCGCAUGAGUAUAUAGACACAUCCAAGCCUUGUGCACAUUCUGCAUUUUUCAUGGGCUUGCAAAGAAAAGAGGGAGUAAGAGGUCAAGAGGGGCAGCAAUUUGAUAUACGUGGAACGGUUGAUGAGUUCAGACAAGAAAUAAAUAUGUAUAUCUACUGGAAGCCAGGGAUGGAAAUUUUUGUUUCUCAUGUUCGUCGAAAGCAGCUCCCUGCAUUUGUUUUUCCUGAUGGUUACAAACGCACUAGAAUGCCAAGGCACAUUAGCCAUACAACUGAAAAAACAGGUGACGAUGCUACAAAGUGCUACUCUGGGUCUGGGCCAUCUGAAAGAUGCAUCAAGAGGAAAAGUUACCCUGAAAUGGUGGAUAAGAAGCCAGACAAACCAGAUAAACGGGCAUCUAUUAGCCCACAGAGGUUAGAAUGCGUUUCUCCUGAAAGUUGUACUAGUAAAUCAGGUGGUACAACUCAAAUGAGUAUUGAUAGUAUUGAAGGGGUUUGUUUAGCUGGUUCAAAAACCAACGUUGCUAACAGCAAUUGUGAAAUUAAGUCAUCUGAUGUACUCCCAGGAAGUGGACUAAGCACUGAGGUAGCUGACAUGCAGAUUAGUGAACCAGGUUUUGUUGACGCCACACAUGAUAUGUUGAAAUCUAGGAGUGUAGAAAUUCCAAAUGAGAAUGGAGUUGUCAAUGGGGACAAAGCUCAGAAUCUGGCUUUAGAUUGCUUGGAAAGUGCAGAAACUGAAUCUACUAAUAGCUUGUCAAACUGUAAAGAGGAUGUCGUUGAUAUGGAUAGGCAACUAGACAAAGCAUGUAAUUUCGUCACAAGGGAUGAAUGCUCAGAUUAUGUACCGAAUGCCAGGCCCCGGAACCUCAAUUGCGAGGUGAGUUAUUUCGUUCGAGGACUUUUUGGAUUAGGAACUGUUGUGGAUGGCAGUGAAAAAAACUGGAAGUCUGGGAGAUAG